AUCGCUUCUGACUUAACGUUCUGGUGAAUAUGCAGACUAUCACAUUUGACGCGUCAAAGCCUCGAACACCUUGCACUCCUCGAGGAUCCGAGUCUCCAAGUCCCAUCUUGGGCGUUGGAGACAAUAUCGGCUCCGGAGACACUUGUAUCGUUGAGAAUUUGCUUGCAGAUGACUUGGCUGGCACCGCUUUCGAGAGUUUGAAGCGCGAAGUGCAUUGGCAUACGAUGUUUCAUAGAGGAGGUGAAGUUCCGCGACUUGUCGCUGUGGAAGGAAUUCUCGAAGAAGACGGGAGCUUCCCACUCUACCGCCACCCCGCUGACGAAUCUCUUCCUCUCCGUCCAUUCACGCCUACCGUUUCCCUCAUUGCCCAAGCUGUUUCAAAGGUAGUAAACCACCCCGUUAACCACGCUCUGAUACAGCACUAUCGUAGCGGGAACGAUUAUAUCUCCGAGCAUUCUGAUAAAACUAUCGAUGUCGUCCGAGGUUCCAGCAUCGUGAACGUCAGCAUCGGCGCCCAGCGCGUGAUGUUUCUGCGCAGGAAAAAAGAUCUCUCUCCUACGAAAUGUGCUCAGCGUAUCCCACUACCACAUAAUUCUAUGUUUGUUAUGGGACUUAACACGAAUCGCGAGUGGCUGCAUGGUAUUCAUCGAGACAACCGUCCGGUGAAGACUAAGAGCGAUGUCGAGACUGCUUUUGGAGGCGAGAGAAUUAGCUUGACGUUUAGGCAUAUUGGCACUUAUUUGACGAACGAUUCGAGCUUGAUUUAUGGGCAAGGGGCUGUCGGAAAGACGAGAAAUGAGGCGAAACCAGUAGUCAAUGGGGUACCCGAGGAGUCUCAAAAGUUGAUUGAUGCGUUUGGGAAGGAAAAUCACGAGAGCCUAUUCGAUUGGGAUGAGGCUUAUGGGCAGGGAUUUGAUGUCGUGAAUUAUACAGUGUGAUAUCCACAGGAGUUCUUCCCGUGUAACUAAUAGAUGUACGUCUAAUAUCUUGUUUCAACACC